UGAGCUCAUAGGUAGUCUGCGUGUUGACAUUCCAAAUUGCAAAUUGGCACCGAAAAAAUUUAUUUGGCCGAGCACAAGGAGUCAUUCAUAUGUCAGCAUGUCCAAAGAACAUGAAUACGAUGAGAAUGUUGCUCUUAAUAUUAGCACGGAAAGACAAAGGUCUAACGGCAAUUAUAUUUCUUUUACAUUAGAGUCAAAUAGUGAAGAUGAAGAGAACAGCCAUAGUACUCUACAUAGGAAUAAAAGUGAUCAAUCUGGAUUUCAUAUUGGAAAGACUGGUGAUGAAGAUAAAGAUGCUGAGGCUGAAGGUAGCUGCUGGUAUAACCGCACCUGCUUUUCCUUCUUUACUUUUACCCCAGAGCUUUUGCAAUCAAAGCCGAAAGAUAAUGACAACAUAAAGGGGAAUUGUAAAAAGUGUUUCCAGACAUGCAGUGGACAAGUUCGAUCAACAACCAACUGGAUGAGGCAUAUCAAGAAGCACCCAGACUUAUAUGCUGAUUAUAAGAAGAAGAAAGAAAGAAAACAAGCUAGAGGUAGUGUGACUGUGUCAUCCAAGGCGGUUGCUGCCAGAAAGGAAAGAGUAGCUGUUUGUCAAUCUCUCCUGAAUUUUCCGUCAUCAAAGUCCCCAUCUAAGCUAUCUAAAUUGGAACAGAAACACUGCACUCAAGCUCUCGUGUUUGGUCGUUCGUUACAAAACAGCAAGUAAUAACUCAGAUGGAUGUCGUUGAUGGAGACCAUUCAACAGAAGAGAUUUAUUGCACGGGCGAAGGGCUCGAGCAUCAGCUACACGUCACGUCCGAUGCAGUUGUUCACGUCAUUGAAUUUGACUUCAACCUAGGCGUCCUCCUCGUUGUUCCAGAGAGUUAUUCACAACCAUCGACAGAUGAAGACGCGGAAAAAGGGAUCAUUUCAUCAGGUUUGUGAGUACUUUGUACCUGUUUCGGAGUAAAUCACCGAUAUGUGAAGAAAAGGGGGUACAAUUCCUGUCAUUUCGUGAAAAUUCAGAACCUAGGACAAGGAGAUGAAGAAUUCUUCUGUUUGCGAUUGCCGUAAGGUGUGUGCUGAUUUGAAGUAGUGUUUUCUUUUCUUUUUUUCUUUUUUGUUGCCGCAAAAUUCUUAAGUUUUUUUGUUGUCUUAUUCCUGUAUCUUUAACUCUAAAUUCGUGAUGGAUUCUUUUCUCGAUAUCAAUAAAUGGAUUUCAUCCCACAAA